AUGCCGCCCUCCGACAAGGUUCACAUUGCGCCAAUAGAAGAUGCAGAUCUCCCAGGAACCUUCAAAAUGAUGUCGCUAAGCUUCGGCUCCGAUGCGCCGUUCAUCAAUGCCUACUUUCUCGCCCACGACACGCCAGCCGGCCAAGCUCAGGGCGCGGAACGACUACUAGCGUGGAAGCAGAGUUCUCCAGACUCCCAAUUCCUGAAAGCUGUAUCGACACGAGGUGGCGAAGAGAUCGUUAUCGGAAUCGGGAUCUGGACUUACAUGGUCGAACAGCCACCGCAGACGCUGGAGGAUGCAGAGGGCGAAGAAGAUGUGAGAAAGUAUUGGCCGAGGGAAGAGGAGAGGGAGUGGAUGAAGGCGCUGUGGAGGGAGUAUGUAAAGCCGAGGACGAGGGCUGUGGUGGGGUCGAAGGGGAAAGGUGUCUGUGUUCUGGAACUACUGGCUGUGCAUCCUGAGUAUAGGCGGCUCGGUGCGGGAGCUGCACUUGUGAAUGCGGGAUUAUCCGCUGCGGAUGACAAGGGUGUCGGCGCGGUCAUUGAGAGUACGGAUGCGGGGAGGCAGUUGUACGAGAAGUGUGGGCUGAAGUGCGAGAUCGAGAAGAUGAAUUUCGAUGUUGGAGAGGGUUUCAGCGGGAAGAAGACGCCUAAAUUGUGUUUCAUGGUAAAGGGAGCGAGUGGAGCCUCUUGA